UGGUACAGUCCCAUAGUGACGGCAUCGCCUGGGAAGCGCUGAGGCCGACUGAGACUUGUUUUGCUACAUUGUUGACGUUCUUGCUCAACGUUUUUACAUUGUUUUGAGUUUUAGGAAUACAGCAAUAGCAAUAUUUCUUUUUUUUUGUCACUGUCUGAUUCCUCACCAACCCUCUACGAUUUUACUGCGCAUCGAGCAAACUCUCCCGGAAUCAGCCACCAUGAAAUGGAUGUUCAAAGAGGAUCAUUCCCUGGAACAUCGGUGUAUAGAGUCGGCCAAAAUACGCAGCAAGUACCCAGAUAGGGUUCCGGUGAUCGUGGAGAAGGUGUCUGGGUCUCAGAUUGUGGACAUCGACAAGAGGAAGUAUUUGGUCCCCUCUGACAUCACGGUGGCCCAGUUCAUGUGGAUCAUCAGGAAGCGCAUCCAGCUGCCCUCGGAGAAGGCCAUCUUCCUCUUCGUCGAUAAGACCGUGCCUCAGUCCAGGUCGGAAAUCUAAGCACUCAGUGGAAUGGCACAUUUAGAAAACGAUAUUUCCCCAAGUUAAAUAGAUAAAACACUGCUUUCAGCCACUGAUGUUGUCAGACACUGACCAUACAGCACAAAUAUACUGGAGGCUAGGUUUUAACAGGUUAGCCUGGGACAUGAGUUAUAGAUAUAGACACGCUGGUGGGUUAACUAGGGAGAUGAGUUAUAGAUAUAGACACGCUGGUGGGUUAACUAGGUUAACCAGGGACAUGAGG